AUGAUACGUCCCUCGUCAUUUGGAAGUUGGAGGAAUUGCUGGCGAGCAUUACUUUAUUUGGGUGAUCGCAAUCACAUUCUGUCAUUUCGUAACAUCCCACGAAAAAAUAUUAUCAGCUUCCAACACUCUUUUUAUGUUACGCCGUCUAAUGAAGAUAUCGAAUCAGGAAGAUGGUAUCCGAAACAGAUAACCGAUUUGGAUUAUAUAUGUAAUAAAGUUAUCAUGUGCGAUUCAACCACUUCUUCAGAGCUGAAUGCGAAUCAUGCCAACUUUAAAGACAAGGAGUAUCAGAAAAGACGAGAAUGGUUUUUAGAUGUUGCAAAUGAUUAUAAGCAUGGGACACCAAUACCGCGAAUAAAUUAUACAACAGCCGAAACAAAAACAUGGGGUACAAUUUAUCGUGAUCUGAAAGCUUUGCAUAGUAAGUUUGCAUGCAAAGAAUUUUUGGACAAUUUCAAAUUGCUUGAAAAACGGUGCGGCUAUUCAGAUAACCAAAUCCCACAACUGGAAGAUAUUUCAAAAUAUCUUCAAAGCAAAACUGGUUUCACCCUUCGUCCAUGCGGUGGUUAUUUGACUCCCCGAAAUUUUCUGGCUGCAUUGGCAUUUCGUGUUUUCUGCUGUACGCAGUAUAUGCGCCAUCAUACCGAUCCACAUUAUACGCCUGAACCAGAUUUGUGCCAUGAAAUGCUCGGACACAUGGCAAUGUUUUUGGAUCCAAUUUAUGCCCAACUUAGUCAGGAAAUUGGACUUGCAAGUCUUGGUUCCUCCGAAAAAGACUGCAAUACCUUGAUACGGCUUUAUUUCUUCACGUUUGAAUUUGGCAUAUUGGUUGAAGGUCAAAAAUUCGAUGAAAAAAAACGCAAUUUGAAAGCUUACGGCGCGGGAUUGCUAUCAUGUUUCGAUGAGCUUAAAUUUUGUAUAUCACCUGAAGCUAAUGUUUAUCGAUUCGAACCGGCUGAUGUGAUUGAAAUGGAACCUGAAGUUACCAAAUUCCAAAGAGGGUAUUUUUACUCCAGGAGCAUUUAUGAAGCAUUUCAUAAAAUAAAGUCUUACAUUUCAAUGACUAAAAAACCAUUUUCAUUCCACUACGAUCCACUCACUCAAUCAAUAGAAAAACUAGCGGAUAUAUCAGUGAAAUGA